CGACGAAAAUGGAACGGUAUCCUCUACUUCAGGAAUAAAAUUUCAGUUUGAAGCCAUGGCGACGAAGUGCAAGAGGUGGCAGAAAGCCGAGCAUUACAAUCCUUUCAAAUGAAUUAUUGCACCAGGGCUUCGGUUUCAAGCUGUUGCUGUGUUUGCUGACUUGUCCUCCUCCUUUAGCUAAUAAUUUACCAAGACAUGCAGAAUAAUUAAACCCGUACAGUUUUAAGAGAUUGGAUCAGUUUGGACUGGUAACACGUCCAGCAAGUGUCCAGAACUCUUUUGGGGACUAUCGGUUUCUAGAGGAUUGUAAUAGAAACAGAGGCUAUAACUGAGGUAGUACCUUUUUGUUUAAUUUCUAAUUAAGGAUUUCACAAGGUGUCAGUCCUGUGAAGAACUGAAGAAUUAUCCAUAGUCCAGUCCCGCCUUGAACCUCCAGGAUAUGCAUUGCUACCAGCAAGAACAUCCUCACUGAUGACAGAUGGAUGUCAUACAUUUUGUAAUGUCAGAUCUGGUCGCUAUGACAACAAGGCAGCUCCCCCUGUCAAAGGAGACCCUAGCGAAGUUUGACCAGGGGCUGGCUGCGGACCCGGGAGGGCUCUUAAGGAGACGAGCCGGCUCUCUGUCAACCAGGCGCAGUUCUCAGUCCGGCGAUCUCCACCACUCGAAGCCCCUUUUGUUACUCGGCAAUGGGGAAGCCAGCCGACCGGCGGCUCUCUCGCGCCGCAGCUCGGUCCUUAGUAACUUCAAUUCCCCGUUCGCCCGAAAGGAGUCCUUUUCCAUGGGAAAACGCCUCUCCUUGGGGCCUUGGAUGCACUGCGGCCGGGUCAGUUUUUCUGGACUGCCCUUAUACCAGCCAGUGCGGGAGAUCCAGUUGGAAAACACAUACAAAACCCAACCAGACGAGGGCUGUUGCUUCAAUGGUCACAAGGUACAGCAGCUUCUGGAAACAACCCUCGACAGUUACCUCGGUGAAGCCAGCUAUAACCCUACCACCUGCGGCCUCCUGACGCAGAACCUCUCCGACCUCAUCCACAGCAAGGCAAAGGACAUCAAUCCUCCCCGCUACAAACUGGUCUGUCUGGUCAUACUUGGGCAGUGCAGUGACCAGGGUCUGCGGGUUGCCAGCCGCUGCUUGUGGGACACAGAGACUGACAACUUUGCUGUUGCCACUUUCCAAAACACCUCUCUUUUUGCCGUGGCUGUGGUGUACGGGUUGUACUGUGAGUGAGAAUUGUGAAAUCAAUUUACAUCCACAAAAGCUCAGAUGGGGGAAAUGCAGAUCAAAUAUGUCAGAUGAAAUGUUAGGUAAUUAGGAUGGCUGGAUAUUAGUAUCUAUUUGACCUAGAUUGGGGUACAGAUAAAAAUUCCUUUAUCCACUGAGCUACAAAACAUCACAUUUACAGCCCCAUUAGUAGAUACAGCAGUGAUCAGAAAUGAUCCGGAAGUUGUAAUGCAAAAAAUAGGCUAUAUUUAGCAUAAGACACACUUGUGCAUCCAUUCCAUUAGUUUGUCUUGAAGGGAAAUUUGCAAGCAUUUAUUUGAAGUGAAAUAUGCAAAAGUGUAAAGUGAUUAAAUCCCCUUUUCACAAA